GAACGCAAUCAAACAUCGGAACCUCGACCCAGCCGCUAACCUGAGCUUAAAAACUACAUGUACUCAACCAGCAACUGGCUGGGCAGAAAAGUUGACCGCUUUCGCGAUGCAGAGAGAACCUGUUCUUUAAGUGUUUUUAUGUUGUCUGUACGUGAUGCCCUCGGUGAUCGGCACAGUCUCUUCCGGACCUUGACGCUGAUCUCAACUCACAUACUUGUAAGACGGAGUCUCCGCGCCUACGGAACCUUCUUUAUGCACGAUUAUGCCCAGAGCACGUCCCCAGCGCCGCUGCAACGGGUGGUUCAACCAAUUUUACAAAGUGCCAUGGGCCUGUUUCGCUGGGGUGCAUGUAUGUCGUACAGAUAUUUCCGCAAAAGAGCCAGGGCUCCUCGAGACAAGGUUCAGCUAAAACCUGUCGACUGGUCUCGUGAACAAUUUACAGGCACGCGAACGUGGUUAUAUCCCCGAUACCGAGAUUGGUUCACACGUGCAUCGUGCGAUAACACUCGUAUAUACAAGGACUUUUGUGUGCGACACGCCAAUCCUUCCCGCUGAGCGAAGAUGGCCUUGAAACAUGAAGAAACGGGAUGGGCCUAGCAAUUGGCCAUUUUCUUUUCGCACCACCCAAUGCUCAGGCCACAGGCCACAGGCCAUUAGAUCUGC